UUAAACUAUAUAUAUUCCUCUUCUACCCUUUCUCAAAUAUAACAACCACCGUUGCUAACCAUUCCCAAUACAAACUUUCAGUGCUUCAUUCUAUAACACUGCAAUGGCCGCUUCCACCAUGGCUCUCUCUUCGCCAGCAUUGGCUGGUCAAGCCAUAAAGCUGUCUCCUUCCACCCCGGAGCUCUCUGGUGGAAGGAUUUCGAUGAGGAAGACGGCCUCCAAGUCGGUUUCCUCUGGAAGCCCAUGGUACGGCCCAGACCGUGUGAAGUACCUGGGCCCAUUCUCGGGUGAGGCUCCUUCUUACCUGACGGGGGAAUUCCCAGGUGACUAUGGGUGGGACACUGCCGGGCUUUCUGCUGACCCGGAGACAUUUGCUCGAAACCGUGAACUGGAAGUGAUCCACUCUCGAUGGGCGAUGUUGGGGGCUUUGGGGUGUGUGUUCCCUGAACUGUUGGCCCGGAACGGUGUGAAGUUCGGGGAGGCGGUGUGGUUCAAGGCUGGGUCUCAGAUAUUCAGUGAGGGUGGGCUUGACUACUUGGGCAACCCAAGCCUGAUCCAUGCACAGAGCAUCCUUGCCAUCUGGGCCACACAGGUGAUAUUGAUGGGUGCAGUGGAGGGUUACCGCAUUGCCGGUGGGCCUUUGGGUGAGGUGACUGACCCAAUCUACCCGGGUGGGAGCUUCGACCCAUUGGGCCUUGCUGAAGACCCAGAGGCCUUUGCUGAAUUGAAGGUGAAAGAGUUGAAGAAUGGGAGAUUGGCCAUGUUCUCCAUGUUUGGUUUCUUCGUUCAAGCCAUUGUCACUGGCAAGGGACCUUUGGAGAACCUCGCUGAUCACCUUGCCGACCCCGUCAACAACAACGCCUGGGCCUACGCCACAAACUUUGUCCCUGGAAAGUGAGAAAACUGCAGUGACACAGAAGAACAAGAAAAAACUUGUGAAUUUUAUGUCAUUUAGUGAAAUAUGCAUUGGGUCUUUCUAGGGUGAAUGUGAAUUAUAUUAUUAUAAAUUAUGUCUCUCUA